AACAUCGGUAUUCGGUACUCGGUAGCACAGCAUCUUUUAUCCAAAAGAAUUAAUCAAAAAUUGAUAAAGAACAUACCGACGUAGUUGUAACCGGCCGACAAAUACAACUUAGUGCAAUAUAUUUAAAAGCAGCAGAAAACUUCGAUCGUUAAAUCAUUCUGUUAGCUCCUUGCAUCAGCAUUCGGCAAAGCAGAUAACAUCGCUCUCAUCAGUCUCUGUCUGUAGGCAGACACGAAAAGUGGCAGGACCAGUUUCGACGACAAACACCGAUCAAUCAUACGGGAUCGGCUGCGGCUACAAAGGAGACAAAGGGCAAGAAUUUCCAAAAAAAAAAGAAAUAGGACAAACCAUCUUUCGUUGGACCCCAAGUGACAUACGCACAACAGGUAGUGGUGUGGUUGGUGAAAGCGAAAGUGAUUGCACCAUACGCGUAUUUAGGACGCUGUUGUUAUUUGCUUAACAGUCAACCAAUGGAGAACCACUCUUUAAACAGUAACUGUUCAGAAAACAGUAAACCUAACGAUGAGAAGGAAAAAGACUGCGGAAAGAUCGAUGCACCGUUGAUGAAAAUCAAAACGUACCUUUCGGCACUGCGGCCGUGGUCGUUGUCGGCAAGCUUGGUGCCGACCCUGCUGGGGUCCACGCUUGCCUACCGGACGGUGGGAUUUCACGAGUUUAAUUUCCUGUCGUUCGUGUGCACCAUCCUGACGGUGGUGACGGUGCACUGCGCCGGCAACGUGGUCAACACCUACUUUGAUUUCGUGAAGGGCAUUGACAACCGCAAGUCGGACGAUCGAACGCUGGUGGAUCACAUUCUUAGCAAGGAUGAGGUUGUCACGUUGGGGGCGGUUCUUUACUGUGCCGGAUGUUUUGGGUUUAUUUUGCUGGUGUAUAUGUCACCCGCUAGGCUAGAGCAUCUAGCGUUGGUCUACUUUGGCGGAUUGUCCUCCAGUUUUCUCUAUACCGGUGGUAUUGGACUGAAGUACAUCGCCCUUGGCGAUGUGUUGAUUCUGAUUAUCUUUGGACCGAUUUCGGUGCUGUUCGCUUUUAUGGCACAAACCGGACACGUGGAGUGGAUGACCAUCUAUUACGCCAUCCCGCUGGCUCUGAACACGGAAGCCAUUCUGCAUAGCAACAAUACUCGCGAUGCCGAAUCGGAUAAGAAGGUUGGAAUCGUUACGCUGGCUAUCCUAAUCGGUAAGACAUCGUCCUAUAUCCUGUAUGCGUUGUUGCUAUUUACACCGUACGUAAUGUUCGUGGUGCUGGGCAUGAAAUAUUCGAGUGCUUUCUUGAUCCCGAUGGUGACGCUGCCGCAAGCUUUCAAGAUCGAGAAGCAGCUGCGCAAUGAAGCCACCAUGCACGGUGUACCGCGACAGACGGCAAAGCUGAACCUUUUCUUCGGCAUUCUCUAUGUGCUGGCUUGUUUCGUGGCACCGCAGCUGCCGUUCAUCACCAGGAAGUAGAUUCGGACGGCCCAGUGGCAGGUACUGUUGACAGUAUCUUCACAAAUUGUUGUGUAAUGAUGACUCGUAAUUUGUUUAUCUGGCACAUUUUAUCGCCUCACUCGCUCCUACGCUAAAUAUCUACCUACUAUCAUACCUACUUGUAAUAAUUUAUUUAUUGUGCGAGAGAUUUUUCUUUAAUUUAAGAUUCUUUUUGUUUAUUUGUCGUCGUGCAUUAUCUUUUUUACUGCUCUAUGAUAGGAAAGAAGGAGUUAAAAGCCGAAAGACUCGAAACAAUCAGCUGAAUGAACAAAUACGAACAUGUCGCAGUCUGCUCCCCAGUACAUUUUACAUAUUUAUGAGCUUAACAAAAACGUUUUGUUUAUUUAAUUUAGUUCAAAAGAAGCUUUUGGUACUUACAAAAAAUAAAAACAGUACUAGUUUUAGUAGUAUUUGCACGAAAAUUGUGUUGCGAAAGUUUUUCCUGUUCAACCAAUCAUUAUUAUCUUCGGAGUGAUGCUUUCCCAAAUUAAAUACCUCUCGAUCCUUGAACUGCAUAUCAAAACCAGAAUAUUGACUCGCUAAAACCGAACCAAAUCAUGAACCCCACCCCAGGAAGUAAGCAUCCUAUAAGCAUUGAAACAUACCGCGUAUAAAUUUUCCAAUACAAAUUAAGAACAUCGUAACUUUGUACUUAUUCUUAUUAGAUGAGAAAAUUAUCUUUUGUUCCAUAUCAAUUUCCUAUUGUUGAGACGUGGAACAAACGAAAACGCAAAGCAUCCAAGUAGAUACUUAUAAAAAAUCAUUGAUGUGCAAAUAUAGCUGCCAGACCUCUUUUAGCAAAACUGGACUGAGGAUGCAACGGAAAAUGGACAAGUUCCGCUGAGAGAAAAAAAAGUGCGACAAUAACUAGCUGUAUUUCAUAGGGUAUAUAUUAUUAGACAUACGCAGUGGAAGUGGAAAAGGAUAAACCGAACAAGAUAAAAACCCCCAAACGUAAUUUUACAACCCAAUCAUCAGUGUAGAGAUAAGUGGUUUCUUAACUCCCAAAAAGAGUCCCGGAAGAAAAUCAUCAACUUAUGAACUGUUAUUAAUUAUUCAGUGUUUGAAUAGUAUAUUGUUUGUCCGUUCGUCGGACCAGAAUGAGCAAGCCGGCAGAACCGAUUCAACUUCAAGAAGCAAAACACGCAUGAUGUUCGUUCUAACGUUCUAGGAUUCUUUAUAAAUUUAAUCUCACUAUAGUAAAAAAGUACUUACAAAAUAAUUUAUUGUUAUGCAUUAAGGUAGGGUAACCGGUCGUAAGCAUUAAAACUUGAAAAUAGAAAAGUUAAAAGAUGAUUAAAACAAAACAAAAAACACAUGCCAAACAUGUCGUCUACUUCGAAUUUCCCAAAAUUAACCGAAGCAGGGUCGGUGUCGACUUGACACACUGGCCUCUCCCCCCACCCCCGAUUUUAUCAAAUUGUUCGCUGAAAUAUAGAUAUUAUAUUCGCAGGCUAGAAGUUUAUGCUUUUGCUUGUGGUGAGAAACCAGUUAAAACAAAUUAUUAGAGCGAAGAUGUUCGUUAAUUUUGCAAUAGGUUAUUUCCCUAAUAGAUAACGAUGACGAUAUAGAUUUGUAAAUUUAUCAGUGAAAGUUGCAGAUAAUACGAGAACAAAACAAACAACAACAAAAAAAAAAAACCA